ACCGCGCACCAGCCCCAGUCACCAUGAAUUACCUUCGCCGGCGCCUGUCAGACAGCAGCUUCGUGGCCAACCUCCCCAACGGCUACAUGAUGGAUCUACAGAGGCCGACCCCUCCGGGAUCCUCCAUCUCCUCCCCGGCCUCCCCUGCCACGGAGCGGCGACAGCCCCCGAGCAUCCCCAUCCCAACCCCGACCCCGGCUCAGGGCUCGGCCGCCAGCACGGGCAGCUUUCUCAGCUCCUUCUCCAGCGUGGUGAAGAGCGCCCAGAUGGCGCAGAAUGUCGCGGCCGCCGCACAUGCUAAGACAGCGGCGGCGGCAGCAACUACUGAGGGAGCUCCGGCGGGAAGCAGUCAGCCUCCUAAGCCGGUCGUCCGCAAACCCAAGAUCCUGCUUGUUGUUGAUGAUCAACACACUGACUGGGCCAAGUACUUCAGAGGCAAGAAGCUGAAUGGGGAGUAUGAGAUCCGCGUGGAGCAGGCAGAGUUCUCAGAGAUCAACCUGGCCUCCUACGUCACCUCAGGAUGCAUGGUGGACAUGCAGGUCAACAAGGCGGGGACCAAAAUGGUCAGGUCCUUCAAACCGGACUUUGUCCUGAUUCGCCAGCAUGCCUACAGCAUGGUCCCCGGAGAGGACUUCAGGAACCUCGUCAUCGGCUUGCAUUUCGGCGGCGUGCCGAGCAUCAACUCCGUCUUCUCCAUCUACAACUUCUGCAGCAAGCCUUGGGUGUUCUCUCAGAUGAUAAGGAUCUACCACUCCCUCGGUGCAGAGAAAUUCCCCCUGAAUGAACAAACCUUCUAUGCCAACCACAUGCAAAUGGUUACAAGCCCUUCCUAUCCUGCGGUGGUGAAGAUGGGCCACGCCCACUCCGGCAUGGGGAAGAUCAAAGUGGAAAACCAACAGGACUUCCAGGACAUCACCAGUGUGGUGGCGCUGGCCGGGACCUACGCCACGACCGAGCCAUACGUCCAGUCCAAGUACGACAUCCGCGUCCAGAAGAUCGGCAACAACUACAAGGCUUAUAUGCGAACCUCCAUUUCCGGGAACUGGAAGGCAAACACGGGCUCGGCCAUGUUGGAGCAGAUCGCCAUGACAGACAGAUACAGACUGUGGGUGGACUCGUGCGCAGAGAUGUUCGGCGGCCUUGACAUAUGUGCGGUGAAGGCCGUCCAUGGAAAAGAUGGAAAUGACUAUAUCAUUGAGGUGAUGGACAGCUCGAUGCCUUUGAUUGGCGAACACAUUGAGGAGGACAAGCAACUGAUCACAGAGCUGGUCCUCCAUAAGAUGGCCCAGGUGCUGUUGGGAGUUUCCACGCCGCCGCCAUCUUCAGUCAAGACGACUCAGCCCAGACGAGGGGGACACCGCUCCGGCUCGGCUUCCCCGUCCCAGUCGACCCAAGGUUCGCCGCAGCGUGCCCGCUCGGCCACCACCUCACCUAGCCAGUCCUUCCAGCCAGGACCCCUCCCUGACAAUUCCGGACCUGGAGCGCAGAAACAGUCACCUCAACUCAACAAAUCGCAGUCGCUGACCAACACCUUCUCAGAGACUUUGCGAGGCAACGUGACCGACGACGAGGCCAAAGCGGAGACCAUCCGCAGCCUCCGGCAGUCCUUCGCCAGCCUCUUCUCUGACUGAGAGCCUCCUUCCUCCUCUUCCUUUUUCUCCUCCUCCUCCUGCUUCCUGUCAGUCUUUCAAGGAGUCCCGCAGCUUCAUCUUCCACCACCUUGUCCUCCUCCUCUUCUGUCACUUUAUGAAUAGCCAUCCCUUCGCUAUGAGAAAGGCCGAUCGAGGCGUUUGUGUCUUCCCUCAAAAGACUUUUGAUGUCAAUGCCAACAGAGCAAUCAAAGCAAAUUCCAAUUCUGUUCUUUACUGUCACCACCUUUUCCAUGCCUGCUUUCCUCUUCAUUGUCAUAAUUACCUUUCCUUUAUUCGAUUUAUUUCUGAAUCCGCCAAAGCUAGUCUCGUGCAAAAUUCUACACCUCGCUUGGCCUUUCUAGUGGCGAAGCAUUCCGGUCUCCUCUGCUUGAUAUUUAAUAAUCUUCUUUUGUCAAACCGGUGGAAGUGUUUAUGCUCUCAUGUUUGGUCUUUUCGAAUUCUUGAUUCACUUCACUGCAAAGUUUGUGGCUGUCCGUGGCAAUAUUUGAUACGAUUCCAGUCAAUUCAAAGUGUUCACCGUCUCCCCUCCGCUAUUGAUAAGGCACCCCAAUCACAAAUUGUCAACGCCCUCCUGAAAAGCCUUGCAAUUACCCAAAGAUGCCAGAAGAUGGCGACAAAGCACCACAUCAAGCUUCUGAACUUUCCACAUAGUUGCUUGGCACAAACAUACCAUAAGAUAAUGGCAAAACACUACCUGAAGCUCCUCAUCCUACUUCCACAUAGUUGCUUGGCGCAAACAUGCCACAAGAUGAUGGCAAAACACAAUGCGAAGCUCCUCAUCCUACUUCCACAUAGUUGCUUGGCGCAAACAUGCCACAAGAUGACGGCAAAACACGAGGUGAAGCUCCUCAUCCGACUUCCACAUAGUUCUUUGGCACCAAGAUGCCACUAGAUGGCGCCAAGAAAUACUUUGAGACGGUGCUUUGGCUUGAGUGCAAAAAAGCACUGGAUUGAUGAGCUUUAAGACCAAAAAUAUUUUAAAAUACGUGGAGGAACACUGUACACGGGGCUCACGAGCGUUAUUUGCCAGCUCCUCACGCGAGCUUCAGGUUGAAGUAGCGGAUCUUUGACCUUGGCCUGACAUUACCAAAGUGCUUUGAAAACUAAGCGAAACCAGUCCGUCGCACGCCGGGUGACUUCGGCAGUCGUGCGGCCUGUCAUCCUUUUGAGCUGAGCAAUUCCGUGCAAAUGGUGCAAACGCCGUCGUCUUCCGUCCUCUUGCAAUUUGUAGUUGUCUUCAAGUAUUUCUAUCCUCGGGGUUGGUGGCGGAGGGACCGAUGGCAGACGAUUACCACUGUACUCAAGCAACGAUGAUGUACUGUAAUAUAAAACCCCCCCACCCCACCCUUCAAAAAGAUUCAAAUGUAUCGGUGAAAUUGUUGUAUUAUGUUGUUGUAAUGCAUGAAGCUGUCGAAAUGUGCGUGUGAGUGGGCGUGCGCGCGUGGUCAACGAUGAAUAAUACCGCCACAAAAUAGGAAAAAUCCUUAUUUGCAAUAAUUCUGUUGAUAUUUGCUGGCUCCUCUUUGUGUUCACAAAAAAAAAAAAGCCGCACACGUGGAUGGGCGAAAAGCGAACUUGGAAAAAAAAAUGAUUCACCCGUGUGUUCAGGCUCAAGGAAAUUAAACUGUCGGGUGUUCUUUCAUGCUUGAUGGAAAAUGUUUCGUUUUCAUUUUGUUAAUAAUGUACAUAAUAUGUUUUAAUAUCAGUGGCAAAAUGCCCCACCCCCCCAGGUCAUGGCAAUUAGUUCAUUUCAUCAACUUACGCACUGUGUCAAAGGGGCCAAAUUAUCAUUUUCAAAAUAUUUUGUGUUGUGCUUUCCGUUUAAAAAAAUGUGCAUCUAAUACUGCAAUGUGAAAAAAACAUAAAAUCAUGAGGAUGUGCCACGCAAUCAUGGCUGUCAUUUGUGAAUCCACAUGUCCGCCAUGUUCUGCGAUGUGAAAUCCAUCUGGUGGCUCGUUAGUCACAAACAGCGCCACUCGUAAUUGCUCCAAACAAUUCAUUUGACAUGACAUUCCAUCAAAUUUCGGUUUGUAAGCAGAUCAUAAAUUACUUUUUAUUUGCCCCCCAGUGAAGGGGGGGACGGAACAAAAUUUGUGACUAAAUUGCAACAGAGCUACAGUGUUUUUAAAAAAAAAAAACUGCGGGAAAAUACUUCAGUGUGUUGGAAGCUUUUUCUUGAACGUAUCACAGACCAACCACCAAACUUUCAACGAAACUAAAACAGAAUCAAUUCAAAUUGAUUCCAAGGCAUUCGAUCACUGAUACCAUUUUUUUUAAUGUAUCGUACACAAUUUAAUUACAGUGGUGGAUAUCACCGUACCUAAUGUAUUGUCCUUUCUUGUUCUUGUACGGGUUUAUGCGAGGUUAGCUUCAUGGUGCAUUAGCACCGGUGACUGAUAUCGUCCCUCCACUGUAAGGAAGCCAAUGUUAACUGAUUGGGGGGGGGGGGGGGGGUUUGUUAAUAAUAAUAAUAAUAAUAAUACAUUUUAUUUAUAAGCGCCUUUCAAGACACCCAAGUUGUUCAUUUGCUGCUGCCAUCUAGCUGCGGGUGUGAGAAGUGCACGCAAAUCUCAAGCAAUGGCUUUGCGCUGUCGUGUGAAAAACGUAUUAAUUUAUUUAAAGUCAUUUUUAGGCCGCUUACAUUUUUUUUUAGUUUAGCGCCAUUCACUACUCUUUAUUUUACAUCGCCAGUUGUCGUUCCCGCUUUGUUUCGACAGCCGGCAAGUUGGAUCUGAAGUGACAGCAACCACCGUUGCUCCAUUCGAUCCAUUAGAAAUGUUUAAACGGAUGACACA